AUGUCCCUGGCGCCACUAAGGGAUGAUCUACCGAGCUGUCUAGAGCCAUACUUGCCUCAGCCACCAUCCGCACACAGCGAUAGACCCUUUGUGACCGUGACAUGGGCUCAAUCGCUUGAUGCGAGAAUAUCGAAAGGCCCAGGAAUCCGCACGGCCAUCUCGCAUCCGGAGACGAAGACGAUGACCCAUUACUUACGGUACCACCAUGCUGGGAUCCUCAUCGGAACGGGCACUUUGCUUGCCGACAAUCCCGGGCUGAACUGUAAGUGGGUUCCGCAGAACGGUGACAGGCGGACACCGAAACCUGUUGUGAUGGACCUUUCGCAAAAAUGGAGAUUCGAGGGGUCUCAGAUGUGGGAACUUUACAAGAAGGGUACCGGGAAGCCACCAAUUGUGAUUGUACUUGGCGAGCCCAAGGCGAGGGAAACAGGUGUCGGGUAUCUGAUCGUUGAUGACCCAUCUGUCAAAUGGGACACAUUGUUGCGCAGGUUACGGUCAGAGUUCCGAUUGGACUCAAUGAUGAUUGAAGGUGGUGGGAGGAUUAUUAAUGAUGUAUUAAUGGAGGCUGGGCUGGUCGACUCGAUCGUGGUCACCAUUGGAUCUACAAUUUUAGGUAAGAAUGGCGUAGAGGUGUCUCCGAUGCAUUCCUUAACCCUGAAGCAUAUCCGGUGGUGGACGGGGACGACAGACGCAAUAAUGUGUGCGCAGCCGGACGUAUGA